AUGGACCCCGUCAUCAUUACGCCGGAUGACGUAGCUGAGGCGGUCCGUAGGGCCCCGAACUGGAAAAGUCCGGGACUCGACGGACUGCAUCACUACUGGCUGAAGGGGUUCGUGGUGUGUCACGAUGUUCUCGCCCGACAGUUUCAAGAGGCUCUCGACCAAAAGUCGCUCCCGAGCCUCUUCACUACUGGGAUCACUCAUUUGGUUCUUAAAGACCGAGAUUCCACAGACCCGAGCAAAUACCGCCCCAUAACGUGUCUACCUACCAUAUACAAGACACUAACAUCCAUUUUGAGCGCGAGAAUCACUCGUCACCUGAACUCAAAUCAGGUGAUGUCGCGCGCUCAAUAUGGAUGUCGGGGCGGUGGUCGUGGAACCAAGGAACCACUCCUCAUUGACGCGGUCAUUGGCAAGGUGGUUAAACGCAACCGUCGGAACCUCUCCGCCACCUGGAUAGACUACAAAAAGGCAUUCGACUCGGUGCCUCAUACAUGGCUGAAGAGGGUCCUCGAGCUGUACAAGGUUGACUGUACAGUUUGA